AUCGUAACGUUUUGUUUGUUGUUUGCGCUUGUGCUCGGUGUGUGUACAGUUUGUUUGCCCUUAAAUUGUAUUAAAUUCGUCCAAAACUGCUUUAACACCAAAAAAACCUUAUCCACCGACCGCGUGGCAAGCUUUUGUACUCUGGUGCGUUACAUUUGCAUGUUGUUUCGCCUGCUAAAAUGAGCCCGGGACGUUCUUCCGAAAUGUCGCACAUUGUGGAAUUCAACAGCCACAUCCAAUCGUACUUCAUCAGCAGCACUUACGGCAACGAAACGCUCGUGAAUCGAUGCUUGGAGCAAUUGGCAGCCGCAAGUGCCGAACACAAAACCUUCGAUGUCUCCGUGUACGAGUGUAACAUUUUCUUUGUCAACCUACACAAACUGUUGAGCCACAGCAUGAAGAAAACGAAUCUUCUCUGGUCGGUGAUGGCGGUGCUCGAAAUUGCCGUGACGGACGACGAAACGCGAAUUGCGCUGGUUGACAAGUUCCGGUUUCUGCCGGUUAUUUCGCUUCUCCUGCUGGAAGUACACACUCCGGAGCAGCAGAAGCGUGUUCUUUCCCUGCUCCAUCACCUCUCCUACGGCGCCUCCAUCGAUGGGCAGGAAAUGUUUAUCGAGCGACUGAUCCAGAAGCUGCUCAACAUCAUCGAACAAAACCACGAAAAGAAAGAGCGCUGCGAGGUGGCACAGCUUGCACUGUCCAUACUGGUGAACCUUUGCCAUCGGGACCUAUCGACGACGUUUGUGCUGACGAGAAACACGAACAUAUCGGGCUUUUGCAAGCAGAUUAAAAAGUUCGGUCUGCUCGCGUGCAAAAUGUACAUCAUACUGGAGCAAAACGAUUACAUCAAGGAGAUCGAUUUGCACUAUCUGCUACGCAUGAGCUUCGAGGAGGUACGGUUAAUGCUGGCCUCGAAGAAUAGCUUCAGCUUGCGGCAUGUGGUUGACUUUCUGCGCUAUGUACGAACGCUAAGCGGCUCGCGGGAGGGAGAGCCGGCCAAGGCAGCCGUAACGGACGAAUACUUCCAGCGCGAUUUGAAAGAGUUUUUGCACGAAAUAGAAAAGUAUUGGGCAAAUCGUACACCAUCGCCGGAGUGUGAACCCGCCGGGAAGAAGAAAAGGACAAAGCAAAAAGUCGAGCUGAGAAAGGACCGUACGAGCGAUGGAUUGUUUGAGAUAUUGGAGUGUAUCGUACUACUCAAACCGGACGAUCGGGAGCUGUACAGGAAAAUUUGUGAGUUCGGUCCCAUUAAGCUGAUCAACAACGCGCGUGACGAUUGCUCGAAAGCGGUCGAUCUGUUGCGCACGAUACUGGAAAAGAACCCGACCGAUACCGCGUUCGCCGAGGAGUGUAAAACCGUGCUCGCCACGCUUAUGGCCAGCAUCACGAACAAUGACGACGAAAAGCUUGCAAUCGCUUUCACAAAACUGUUAACCACAAUCGGCAAGUCGUUGAAUGCGGUAGACGACGCAAUGAACCAGGUAGCGGAACAAUUCUUCCAGCAUCUUUUUGCGAACGUUUUGAACAAUACGCGCGAUUUCGGUACGUUUGAUUAUUCGCUUGCGGACGGUCACGUGCGCGUGUAUCUGUGGGCACUGUACACGUUCAACGAGCUAGCUAACCUUUGCCCAACACACUGGUACGCUAAACUUACGAACCUGCUCAAACAGAAACCGAUCCAGUUCCUGAUUGCUAAGGGAUUGACUGGUGGAACGGAUGUGGAACUGCUGGAAGCGUUACUUCAGGUAACCGCCACGACCGACUUCCCCAAGCAAGAUGUGGCCCGUAUGAUCGAUAUGCUGAAAAGUAAUCUGCCGGCGUUAGGAGGAAACAGCUCCAGGGCUCCCUUUGCACCGCUGAACGGUAAUACGGUGGUCCACACCCAACCACCGACGGGAUACAGCUUCAUCCGCACGCUCAGUCGAGACCUGCAGGAACGGAUCGAUCAAGCCGUGGUGCACAUACAGGAUGCUAAAGCGGCCGGGUUGAUCAAUGAGGUGGAAAAGUCGGAGCUGGUUGAGUUCUACACCUACAAGAUUAACAUGCAGACGAGCUUGAUGAACGAUUUGCGCAACAGUUUAGAGGCGACAACGGCACAGAUAACGACACUGACGCACCAGAACCAGCUGCUGAUGGCGGAGAUUGAUAAAAAUCAGAAGAAAAGUCUUCCACUGCUGUUGAAGGAGUCCGCGCUCGAAAACGAGAAUCGGCUUCUUGAGCUCGAACUGGUGCAGAUGCGAUCGGCGGCCGCUACGUACGACAAGAAAACGAGCCAGAUGAAGCAGGAGCUGGCGGAGUAUAUUAAGAAGUACGGUGAAAAGAGUCAGAAAUGUGCGGCACUGGUGAAGGAGAUCGAGCACCUGCGUACGCGUGACGACAACUACGAGAAGGAAAAUAAGCGUCUUCAGCUCGAGUUGGCCGCUAUGACUAAAAAUCGAGAUGAUGCACGCAAGCUGCUCAAGCUCGGUGAGGAGGACCGACAGAAGCUGACCGAACAGCGAGAAGCCGAACGGAAGCAGUACGAGUGUAAAAUACGGGAACGGGAGCGUGACAUUUCGAAGCGUAACGAUCUGAUUCAGCAGCUGGAGCAAACGCUCGUGCAGCGUGACAGUACGAUCGAAACGCUCGAGUCGGACGGUAAGGAGCUGCGGGAGAAGCUCAAAGAUCGGGAAGAUCGCAUCGCACAGGUUGAGUCCGAGUUGAAGGAGAACGAAAAGAUACAGCAAGCGAUCUAUAGUUUAAUGAACAAGAACAAAAAGUAGAACGGACGAAGGACGAUGAAAACGGAUCGACUAAAGUUUUAGUAAGCAAUUGUAACUGAUAAUAGACUCAUAAAGCUUUUAACUGUAAAUGAAAACAA